GUGACCGUUGAGAACUUCCUUCGUGUGCUGACGGGAAGGCUGCCACCCAGCACGCCGCGGUCUAAACGCCUCCUCUCUGACGACCACAGCAACAUCCUCAUCUACCUCACUGGUCACGGUGGGAACGGCUUCCUGAAGUUCCAGGACUCUGAAGAGAUCAGCAACGUGGAGCUGGCCGACGCCUUUGAACAGAUGUGGACUAAGAGAAGGUACAAUGAGCUGCUGUUCAUCAUUGAUACGUGUCAGGGAGCCUCCAUGUAUGAGAGAUUUUACUCUCCUAACCUCAUGGCCCUGGCCUCCAGUCAAGUAGGAGAGGACUCCCUGUCGCACCAGCCAGACCUGGCUAUCGGGGUCCAUCUAAUGGACAGGUAUACAUUCUACCUGUUGGAGUUUCUGGAGGAUAUUCACCCUGCUAGCACCGCUAACAUGAAUGAUCUGUUUAAGGUUUGUCCUAAGAGUCAGUGUGUGUCCACUCCGGGCCACCGUACAGACCUUUUCCUCCGGGACCCCGGAAACGUCCUCAUCACCGACUUCUUUGGCAGUGUCCGUAAAGUAGAGAUCACCAUGGAAACCAUCAACCUGACAGCUCCCAUGGUGCAUCUGGCUGUGGAAAGACUAGUAAGUGAGCUGAAGACAGAGAGCCAGUCAUAUGUGGACCAACUACCAGUGGCUGAGAUUAUACACCAGAAACCAAAGCAGAGGGACUGGCACCCUCCAGAUGGUUUCAUCCUGGGUUUGUGGACUCUCAUCCUCCUGGUCUUCUUCAAGACGUACGGCGCCAAGCACCUUAAGCACAUCUUCUAACCCCUGACCUUUUGAAGCCCGACCUCUGACCCAUUUCUGAUCCUUGUGCAGUUUGCACCAGUUCCCUUGGCUUCCUAGAUUUGAAAGAGGACUGGUAUAGGACUCAUGGUGAAUACUCUAUAAAGCGCAGUCUUUCAUCCAUCCAAUUAUUUUAAAUGCACGUGGAGUCGUGCACAACUGCGCACUUCAGGAAAAAGGACAGGCAAUUGGGACGCGCGGUGUUGGCGAGGUCCCAAUCUUCUGGAUUACUAGAAGACUACAGAGACGUUAUUAACAGGGAAUGAAUGACGCAGUCUUUUAGUGGUAAUUGCCUUUCUAGUCAUUCUAUUUCUAUGGUUAUUAACAUUAUCGAACGAGGCGAUCUGUGAUUGGUACAUCCAUUUUGUUAUUGUUUGAAGAGCAGAUUGUUUAUGUUUAAACUCUGAACUGUGUUGGAGAGAAUGUGGUGACAACACUGACCUGCACAAAGACACAUUGUUGUGCUUUUCUGGACAUAAACAGUACUCUGACUA